UUGAGGGCGGGAGUCGAGAGCGGAAGUGGGAAGAAGCACACGACAACAUCAACAAAACAAAACAAAAGGUGCACACGAGAUACAAUUAGAUUUUUUUUUUUUUGAAGGUUCACUGUGGUUAAAGCUUGGUAUAAACCCAGAUUAACGUUGUUUACAUAUGAUUGCGCGCAUUUUUUUUAAAAUGAGCAUGUUCAUCAUCGCACAUUAGCUAAUUGCUAGCUAGCCUGCCAGUAUUGCUAACGUUAUUUAACGUUUAAUUGGACUGUUAACUUGGCAACACUGCGUAAACAACCAUGGAAAGCCUGUACAAGCGUAAAGUGUUCGCAACGUUGCGAAAAAAUAAAGCUGAAGCGUCGAAGAAAAGGGCUCAAAUCGGUUUGCCGUCGUCUAUCCUUGAUGACAGUGACGAGGAGUCCUGCGCGAGCACGACCAGCAUCAGCGCUUCAGAGAGUGACUAUCAGAAUUCGGACAGUGGGAGCGAAAGUACACCUGCCAGUGGGGAACAGAGCCCUGCCAGCGAUGGUAGCAGCUCCAGCGAAGGUAGGUCCCGUCCUCGUCGGAAGCGCGUCCUCGCAGACAGCUCCAGCGACUCUAACAGCGACGUAGGAACCAAGCCUAAAAGGAAAGUCGUUCCCAAAAAACGCGUAAAACAACAAAGCCACGAUUCCGAUUCGGAGGACGAGAGUGCUGCAGAAAAGGACAAAAAAGUUGCCGAAGCUAAACAGACCGCAGCUAAACGAAAGCAACGCCAGUCUAAACUCCUGGCAUUAUCCAAGAAGAUGAAGUCCCGCGUUCCCAAACGCAGGGGCACGUUGGAGGAUUCAAGUGAUGAAGACAUGGGUAAAGUAGCUGAAGAUGUUAGUGGCGAUAAUGAUGAAGAAGAGGAUACCCCCGAACUAUUGCUGGGCAGCAGUGAAGAAGAGGCAGCGGAUCGCAGCGACAGUCUGAAGGACUUCAUAGUUGAGGAUAAGACAGGGGACAAGAAUGAGGAGGUGUCAGAUGAAAUAGCUGUUUCUCUUCCACGCCAGUGUGAGUCAGCUGACACACUUUAUCAUGGGUCAAUAUUUGCAGGUAAAAGCACAGUGUUGUAUGAUUCCUUUGCUUCUUUCCUCCUUUUGCUAGUCAUCACUGGGUCUCAGCUCAAUCACUUUCAAGUGGUCCUCAAAGCCCUUAUGAUCAACGUCCUGGAUGAAACCUUUCUCAAGUCUCUUUAUGGCGGUGAUCGGACAAAGCGAUAUGCUCAGGAGAUGAAGGCGUCGCUGUUCCACUUUGAUGAGCGGACAAUCCUCCCUCGCCUGGAGAACCUGAAACAGCGGAGCCGCUGGACCGACCGGUACAAGGAGCGUGUGGAGUGUUACCCCAAGGUCCGGCUUUUGAAGUUAGGAUUGCAUCAGAGUGUUUGUGAGGCAUGCAAGCUCCAGAGACCAUGCAGUUUCAGUGUGCGUCUCUCAGGGCAACUGUACAACCUCAACAGCCUCGAAGAGGACCAAUUCAUGCCCGAUGACACACAGGCUUUCAGUGUGGGCUCCGUUUGUGCCAGCCGAACAGAGGUGUAUCAUGCUCUGAAACACUUCAAGUACCACUUGUUUCAACACUGCCGGACAGUGAUGGAGGAGGAGGAGAAGAAUGGAGAGGAGCCAGUGAAGGAAACAGUGAAAAGGGUUUUCACAAAACUGGAGGAGAGGGGCUGGAUCUCAGAGCAAUAUGAGAAAUUCCAGGACCAUCUCAAUGAUGCAGACUACUUCCAGGAGGAGAAGCUAGACUGAAGGAUUACGACAGACAGGAUAAAGGAUCCAUAUCUACAUCCUAUUAUAGGCAUCCAUUUAACAGUUUUAUGGUUUAUUCUGCACAUUGUUAGGGAAGAAGUAUUUGAUUAAUAUAUAUAUAUAUACUGUUUAUUUGACUUCAAUUCAAUGUUAACGUUUAAGAUUAGUGAGAAGCUUUUAAAAACCAUUUCCUCCUUUUGUUACCAUUUAAGAAGACAUCUAUUACUUCUGUAUUAUAUCAACCAUUUUAUAUCAUGCUCAUAACUCUUACAGUAUAUAACAUACGUCUGCACUAAAUGUAUCUGCAAAGUUUGAGCGAUGAUGCAGAAUACUCUGGUACUGCUGUAAAUCAAAGAAAUGUUACUCCUGAGUUCUUUAAACUAUCCUGGUUACGUUCCCUACUUAGUUGAAGCAGUGUUGUCCAUCCAAUAGUUAAGAUAAUGCCAAAUGGAGUUUGCAACGACAGAUGACCUCAAAUGACAUGAGUAAUGUUCUAUAUUGCGGAUUACACUAUCUAGUGUAGAAAGAUGGUACGACUCUUCUGAGUUUUGCUUCAUUUCUAUUAAAAAGCUUGUGUGAUGCUUCAUAAAAGAAAUAAUAAAAACUCCAUUAAACAAUAUCUUGUCCAUCAGCA